AUGCUCUCUUUCACUGUUUUGUCUCUCUAAUCCAGCCUCCCUCACUCCAAUCUCCACUUCUACUACGCACUCGCAUUCAAGUACACACACACACAAUGAUAGAACGAGAAACAGGACGACGAGGCGGCCUUUAAUUUUUUGUUGCUAUUCCACAACUUUACAGCUCAACUCUCAAUUUCCAUGUCUCUCAUCCUUUCUCUCUCCUGCUUCACCUCAAUUUCCACAGAUCGAAUCUGCUACUGCUGCUGCCACCUCCCGGACAUAACUUUGAUUUCAAAGAGUGACUGCUCUGUGGCAUGAUCGCCUCUGUCUCUGCGUGGAAUAAUUUUGCAGCUUCACACAUCUCAUGAUUCAUACUAAUCUUAUUAUGCUUGAAGUGAGCUGCAAUGGAAAUUUUCACUCUGAAUUUUCAGCAGUGCAUUCUAAUUAUAUUGCUGUACAGCCUAGCAGAAAUAACUGGAGCUCUUAGUCCGGAUGGUCAGGCUCUUGUCAAUUUUAGGACCGCAAUAGUAAGUUCAGAUGGUGUUCUGCAGCAGUGGAGACCAGAGGACGAAGAUCCAUGUAGAUGGAAAGGAGUAAACUGUGACUUCAAAUCGAAAAGGGUUACAGCAUUGAGCCUCCCUAACCACAGAUUGAGUGGACCCAUAUCAUCAGAUCUAGGGAAGCUAGAAAGCCUGCAGUUUUUAGCUCUUCAUGACAACAAUUUAUAUGGGGCAAUUCCUCCAGAGUUGGGAAACUGUACACAGUUGCAGUCAGUAUUUUUGCAGGGUAACUACCUAAGUGGAUUCAUUCCUGGUGAACUAGAGACCCUUUCUCAGCUCCAAAAUCUAGAUCUUUCAAGCAACUCUCUCAGUGGAAGUAUUCCUGCCUCACUUGGGAAGUUAGGCAAGCUCUCAAGUUUCAACGUAUCAACAAAUUUUCUCGUGGGGAUGGUACCAUCUGAAGGUGUUCUUGCUAACUUUCAAAAUGAUUCCUUUCUUGGUAACCGUGAGCUGUGUGGCAAGCAAAUCCAGGCAUGCAAGAACAGUGGUAGUGGUUCUUCCGGGUCCUCUCAGCCUUCUAGCUCAGCUCUAUUACAGGCCAAGAAGAAUUCAGGCAGGCUUCUUAUAAGUGCACUAGCCACAGUGGGUGCAUUGCUUCUGGUCGCACUAAUGUGCUUCUGGGGUUGUUACCUGUAUAAGAGGCUUGGUAAAAAUGAAGGCAAAGGCCUCGCAGUGGAUGUCAGUGGAGGAGCCUCAAUUGUAAUGUUCCACGGAGACUUGCCAUACUCUUCGAAGGAUAUUAUUAAAAAAUUGGAAAACCUAAAUGAAGAGCAUGUGAUUGGGGCAGGCGGCUUUGGGACAGUUUACAAGCUUGCAAUGGAUGAUGGCAAUAUAUUUGCUUUGAAAAGGAUUGUAAAGGUUAAUGAGGGCUUUGAUCGCUUUUUUGAAAGGGAGCUUGAAAUUCUUGGCAGUAUCAAACACAAAUACUUGGUGAACCUUCGAGGAUAUUGCAAUUCCCCAACUUCAAAAUUGUUGAUAUAUGAUUUCCUAUCAGGAGGCAGCCUGGAUGAAGCUCUUCAUGAGAGAGCUGACCAACUGGAUUGGGAGGUUCGUUUAAAUGUUAUCAUGGGAGCUGCUAAGGGCCUAGCUUAUCUGCAUCAUGAUUGUUCCCCAAGAAUUAUUCACCGUGAUAUCAAGUCAAGCAAUAUAUUACUUGAUGGAAAUUUUGAUGCUCGAGUGUCUGACUUUGGACUAGCUAAAUUACUGGAGGAUGAGGAAUCCCACAUCACAACAAUUGUUGCCGGCACAUUUGGGUACCUAGCUCCCGAAUAUAUGCAGAGUGGAAGAGCUACAGAAAAGACUGAUGUUUAUAGUUUUGGGGUUCUGGUGCUUGAAAUUGUGAGCGGGAAGCGGCCAACUGAUGCAUCCUUCAUCGAGAAGGGCCUCAACAUUGUUGGAUGGUUAAACUUCCUAGUUUCGGAACAGAGACAGCGAGAAAUAGUGGAUCCGCACUGUGAAGGAGUGCAGACUGAAAGCCUUGAUGCCAUUCUGUCAAUAGCUAUUCAGUGCGUUUCUUCCCUCCCUGAGGAUCGUCCCACCAUUCACAGGGUAGUCCAAGUGCUCGAAUCUGAGGUGACAACCCCAUGCCCUAGCGACUUCUACGACUCUGACUGAGGAGGGUGCUGUUCACUGUGGUAAGAAAGAGGUAUUCCUCCGUUUUCAUCUGUUGCACCGAGAGACAAAUUUCAGCAACAGUGCCAGCACAGACAGGCCCAGACUCUGCUUUUAAGUAAUUUUCGAAUUCUUUCUACUAAAAAGUGUGAUUGGAUAUGCUCAUCGUUUGUUCGCCCGCCUCGACUCAGAGCAAGCAGUAUAUGCCACCGGAUUCUUUGCCCUCCCAACCCCCUCCUCAGUUAGCUCCUGCUGCUUUGAGGUAUUUGUUUUUGGUUCAAGUCCCAUUUUUCCAUUGUGCUAUGAGCUAUUUCAUUGCUCUCUUGUUAUAUUUGGGAAUUCAAUUGUAUAUGAAAUGUCUAAAUUGAUCGAUCCUUCUCACUAAAUUUUUGUAUAAUAUUUCCAUUCACUUUCA